AUAAACGCAGUGCGUGCAAUAGUUCCUAAUAAGAGCAAUAAUGAAAUCAUCCUGGUUCUGCAGCACUUUGAUAAUUGUGUGGACAAAACAGUACAAGCAUUCAUGGAAGGUAGUGCCAGUGACGUACUCAAAGAAUGGAUAGUAACAGGCAAGAAAAAGAACAAGAAGAAGAAAAGCAAACCAAAACCUGCAUCAGAAGCAAAUAGCAAUGCCCCGGACUCCAGUAAGUCAGUGCCUAUUCAAGAGGAACAGCCUGCAUCUUCAGAGAAAGGAGGCAUUAAUGGUUACCACGUUAACGGGGCUAUCAAUGAUGCUGAGUCUGUGGACUCACUCAGUGAAGGUUUGGAGACACUUUCAAUAGAUGCCAGAGAACUGGAGGAUCCUGAGUUUGCCACACCAGAUACACUGGAUAGAACUGGCUCUGUGCUGGAGAAUGGUGUGUCUGACUUCGAGCCCAAAUCUUUGACAACGCACUCUAUUCCGAAUGCCCAGCAGUCUCGGAAUGCUGCCAAAUCUCUCUCAAGAGCCACCACAGGAGCCCAGGUUUCAAAUCUGGGAAUGGAGAAUGCUCCACUGUCUUCUACCAAUAAAAGGCUAGGUUCUAAUAUUGAGAAGUCUGUGAAAGACCUUCAGCGAUGCACAGUGUCUCUUGCAAGAUAUCGAGUUGUAGUUAAAGAAGAGAUGGAUGCAUCCAUUAAGAAAAUGAAACAAGCUUUUGCUGAAUUGCAAAGCUGUUUAAUGGAUCGAGAAGUGGCAUUGCUUGCUGAAAUGGACAAAGUGAAAGCUGAAGCAAUGGAAAUUCUGCUCAGCCGGCAGAAGAAAGCAGAAGUUCUGAAGAAGAUGACGGACGUGGCUGUACGCAUGUCGGAGGAGCAGUUGAUUGAACUCAGGGCUGACAUCAAGCACUUUGUUAGUGAGCGGAAAUAUGAUGAAGAUCUGGGAAGGGUAGCCCGGUUCACCUGUGAUGUGGAGACCCUGAAACAGAGUAUUGAUUCAUUUGGACAAGUGUCACAUCCAAAGAACAGCUAUUCAACCAGAUCUCGAUGCAGCUCCGUGGUAUCUGUGUCCUUGAGCGGCCCUGGUGAUGUGUCUGCUGCUUCCUCUUCCCCCUGUGCCUCUGCUCCCAGCCUUCCAGGUGCUAACAAGAGAAACUGUGCCCCAGGAGAGACUUCAGCAGCCAUGACAAACUCCAGUGACAAGCCCUGCCAGGCUCAUCAGGAGGUGUUUCCAGGCAACAGGCGAGGAGGACAAGGCUACAGGCCACAAAACCAAAAGACCACUGACCCCACAAACCAAGGGCGGCAUGACAGUGCGGGUCGUUACAGAAACAGCUCGUGGUAUUCAUCUGGGUCCAGGUAUCAGAGUACUUCACCUCAGGCCCCAGGAAACGCUAGUGAAUGGAGCCAGGCUUACUCUGCAGGGACCAAUGGAACUGGAGCCAGCAUGGCACCUAGCCCACCCAAGCCUUCAUUCAAAAAGGGGCUCCCACAGCGCAAACCGAGGACCUCUCAGGCCGCAGCUGUGAACUCUUGAGGGAAAUUUCCAGUCGGCCUCUCUUCUAUCCCAUUCAGUUCAACCUAGUAACUGGACUUUAGGAAAUGUAUACUUAGAUAUAAUAACAAAAAGAAAUUUAUGCAUAUCACUUUGGGCCAUCCUAAAUAUUUUUUGGUUUCUUCUCUCAUUAUUUUCUGAGGGAAAGCUGUUUUUCCUUGACCUUUCCUAGUGAUAUGGACUGACUCGGUUGGUCAUUUUCACUAGGAACCAGGGCAACUAUUGUCGAUUUUCUCAAGGGUAAGCAGCCUUUCUCUCAGUGCACCUGUCUUCCAACUGCCCGAAGAGGCCUUACUCAGCAAGCCCCACCACAGAGGCUGUCUCAGGAGGAAGAAUGCCAGCGCUAGUCCACCACCUUGCCAUUGAAAGCAGAUGCUACUCAAUGUCAAUUCCACCAGGGGCAGCAAUGAGGGGACUUUAUACAAUACUGAAUCAGCCAGGAAAGGGAAAUAAACGUUAUUUGUGAAGAGGGGAGAACACUAGGAAACACUUGAGAACCUGCCUCUAUUUGGAAUGUGCCUGAGAUUUGACACUUGAUCAAAUUAGGGUUUCAGUCCCAUGCUUGGCACUGUACCUUAACCUGCGAUUUCUUCAAAAUGCCCAAAGCCUUGUUUCCUCUUACCUCAGGCUGCAACCCAGUCCAAGGAAGUCUGUGGGAAAGUAGCGUUUUAAGUUUUUAAAAGAAAAAGAAAUGUUUUUUCUUUGUUUCAGUGUUUGGAGAUUUUUGUUGUUCUCCCCCUUGCCUGAAUCCAGUUAGGAACCAAUCUGUAGUAAUGUAAUUAGUGUUAAUCUGAGGGUUACUCAGCACAAUCGUUGCGGUCAUCUUUAUAGGUGAAUAAAUAAAAGCAACUGCAUCAAUGUU